AUGGCCGGUAAAGAAGGAAACUCCAAGAAGUCUAACAUUUUGUUCUCGGCAAUAAUGAAGCUCAGGAGGGUUUGCAACCACGGAGCUAUUGCUAUGAGCGCUUGCGGCUUGAAACGUACGAAUCAGCUGGCCGUCCCCAAGUCAAAACGGAAGGUCUCGAGGUCGCCGAGUGCAGAGCCAGCGUGUGAGUUUUGUGAUGAGAAGACUGGAAACGCUGAUGUUCUUGGUGGCCUUGACAGCUGUCCCAUUUGCGGUCUGCUGCAGUCUGAGAUAAAUGACGAAGCCUCAUCCCUGGCACCCUCAACUCGGCCGACACCAUCUCCAACGCCAUCUAUGAUGGAUAUAGAUACGCCCGAACCUUCUCCUGGACAUAUCUACAGAGAAUCAAGUAAUGAGUUGAAACAGAAGUCUUCAAAGAUGUCUGCAGUCGUGGACAACAUCAAGAAGUCAUGCAUGGACGCGGGUUCCAAGAGUGUUGUGUUCUCGAGCUGGAGAGAUACUCUUGAUAUCCUAGCAACGAUGUUGGGAGCAGAAGGAAUUACCUUUAUUCAGGUUGACGGACGUAACCCGCUGGCCGGCCGUACGGAACUACUCUCCAAGUUCUGCCAGGACCCAAUGAUCCGAGUUCUUCUCAUAUCCAUCAACACUGGCGCAGUUGGUCUCACUCUCACACAAGCAAAUAUGGUUCAUAUCGUUGAACCGCAGUGGAACCCAGCUAUCGAAGAACAAGCGAUCGCAAGAGUCGUCCGGAUGGGCCAGAAGAGGCCUGUCACAAUCUUCAGAUACAUAACUGCUUGUUCCAUUGAGAACACUGUCGUAAAAUUGCAAGAGAAGAAGACGCGGAUCAUCAAACUAUCGAUGCAAGACAAGGACAGCGCCGAAUCCGAUGCGAACUUGGAUAGUUUCAAGUUUGCCAUCGAUCCAAACGAGUGGGGGGUUGUAUCGUAA